ACUGUUUUCCCACUGUUUUGUGGCAUUUGCUAAGGAGCUCCGUUGAACUAAAGAAGCUAACGUUAGCUAGAAAACAACACACUAGGAUAAAGACUUGGAGACAAAAUGGCAUCAGACUCCCCGCGCAGACCAAGCCGCUGUGCUGGAGGGGUUGUGGUGCGAGCACAAGCUGCCACUGAGCAGUCGUAUAUGGAGAGUGUUGUGACCUUCCUCCAAGAUGUGGUCCCUCAGGCAUACACAGGUGCACCCCCAACUGAUGAAAAAGAGAAAAUAGUUUGGGUCAGAUUUGAGAAAGCUGACCUCAAUGAUACGUCCCGCUCCCCUGAGUUCCUGGAGAUGCACAGUGGCAGCAGUGACCCUCCUCUCUGCCUCAUGAUUGGUUAUGCCGACGGGAUGCAAAUCUGGAGCAUAUCCCUGGGUGGGGAGGCCCAGGAGCUUUUCUCUGUGCGCCACGGACCUGUGAGAGCUGCCCACAUCCUGCCGGCGCCCCAUAUCAGUCCGCUGAUGAUUGAUGGUUUUGCGGACAAGAGGCCUCUCCUGGGGGUGUGCAAGAGCACUGGGUCCUUGGGGACGAGCCCCCCAUACUGCUGUGUGGACCUGUACUCUCUGAAGACAGGGGAGAUGGUCAAGUCCAUCCAGUUCAAGACGCCCAUCUAUGACCUGCACUGCAACAAGGAGAUUCUAGUUGUCGCCCUGCAGGAGAAGAUUGCUGCAUUCGACAGCUGUACCUUCACCAAAAAGUUCUUUGUUACAAGCUGCUUUCCCUGUCCGGGCCCCAACCUAAACCCCAUAGCACUGGGAGGACGCUGGCUAGCCUACGCUGAGAACAAGUUGAUCCGGUGUCACCAGUCUCGAGGCGGUGCCUGCGGGGACAAUGCCCAGUCUUACACAGCUACAGUCAUCAGCGCUGCUAAAACCCUAAAGACUGGUCUCACCAUGGUGGGAAAGGUGGUGACUCAGCUAGCUGGUACUCUACCCACUGGCGCCCCCGACGAGGAGGGUGCUACCCCCCACAGCACCACUCGCCGAAGCCCCCAUGCCCCCGGAGUAAUCACCGUCAUUGACACACACAACGUCGGAGAGGGACAGGUCCUAGUGAGUGAGGACUCAGAUGGAGAGGGAGUGGUGGCCCACUUCCCAGCCCAUGACAAACCCAUAUCCUGCAUGGAAUUCAACCCCAGCGGUAUGCUGCUGGUGACUGCAGACACCCUGGGCCAUGACUUCCAUGUGUUCCAUGUCCUCACACACCCCUGGGCCUCUAACCAGUCUGCUGUCCACCACCUCUACACACUGCACCGCGGAGAGACUGAGGCCAAGGUCCAGGACAUCUGUUUCAGCCAGGACAGUCGCUGGGUGGUGAUCAGCACACUGCGUGGCACCUCCCACGUCUUUCCCAUCAACCCCUACGGUGGCGCGCCCUGCACCCGCACACACAUGUCCCCCCGCGUGGUCAACCGCAUGUCUCGCUUCCAGAAGAGUGCAGGGCUUGAGGAGAUAGAGAAUGAACUGAACAUCAAGCAGGCUGGAGGAGGGAGAUGCAGCCCCAUCCCCGGGCUCUCCAGCAGCCCCUCGGGGUCCCCACUACACGCUAAACUCACCAGCCAGGAGUCGUACAACAACUUCACCAACAACAACUUGGGUAACCCUCGUCUGUCCCCUCUGCCCAGCCUCACCAUAGUGCUGCCCCUGGCACAGAUCAAACAGCCCAUGACCCUGGGCACCAUGACCAAGCGCUCCGGACCUUACCUCUUUGGGGCAGGAUGUUUUGCCAUUAAAACUCCAUGCAAAGCCAAGCCUCCCCCCCAGAUCUCCCCCAGUAAGUCUUGUGGAGGAGAGUUCUGUGUGGCUGCUGUCUUUGCUGCCUCACGCUCCUGGUACAUGACCAACCCCAACAUGAAGAGAGAGAAAGACCAGUCCAGCCGGUCAGUGGUGGAGUCCCUCUAUAUCCUCAGUUGCUAUGGCACCCUAGUGGAGCAUGUCCUGGAGCCUCGGCCAAUCAGCACAGCCCAGAAGAUCAGCGAUGACACACCCCUGGAGCUCAACACAUGUCCACGGGCCUGCUGGAGCCUGGCCAGGACUCCACUGUGGAAUGAGCUGCAGCCUCCCUUUCUCUCCAACCACCCUCUGGUGCUGGCAUCUGACCUGGUGCAGUGUUACCAAUACCUCCUGGCUGGAUUGGUGCCCCCUGGAAGCCCGGGUCCUGUCACGCGCCACGAGUCUUACGACAGCCUGACGUCAGACCACAGCGGACAAGAGGACGAGGAGUGGCUCUCACAGGUGGAGAUAGUCACUCACACAGGGCCUCACCGUCGGCUGUGGAUGGGUCCUCAGUUCCAGUUUAAGACCAUCCACCCAUCUGGUCAGACUACGGUCAUCUCCUCCUCCUCCUCCGUGCUGCAGUCCCAGGGCCCCAGCGACAUUCAACAGCCUCUGUUAGACUUCCACACUGAUGACCUGGACCUUCACAGUCUCAGGAUCCAGCCGGUGCGUUCUGAGCCGGUCAGCAUGCCUGGUUCCUCUCGGCUGGUGGCUGAACGCAGGGGACAGGGGACGGUCAUUGAUACAGGAUCAGGGACGUUUGACCGCAGUGUGACCCUGCUGGAGGUGUGUGGCAGCUGGCCAGAGAGCUUUGGCCUGCGUCACAUGAGCUCGGUGGAAUCCACCGAGGAGGGGCUGAGAGAGAGGCUGGCAGACGCCAUGUCAGAGUCACCAUCCAGAGACAUUGUGGGCUCUGCUACCGAGCUCCAGAGGGAGGGCAGUAUUGAGACUCUUAGCAACAGCUCUGGCUCCACCAGCGGCUCCAUCCCCCGUAACUUUGAGGGUUACCGCUCUCCACUGCCCACCAACGAGAGCCAGCCCCUCAGCCUCUUCCCCUCCGGAUUCCCCUAGAGGAGACUAGGAGACAGCCUGCCUACCACCCUACAAGACCUGGGGUCAAAUACUAUUUUAAGUCUUUCAAAUGCUUUGAGCGUUUGCUUUAGUCUGCCUGGGGUGCCUGGUGGGUGGGGGCUACAUUUUACAACUAUUCUAUUGGGUCCAACUAUUCUAUUGGUUCCAGACAAGCUCAAUAAAGCCCAGAUAAAGUAUUUGAACCCAGGUCUGAGGCCAUGUUGAUGUUCAUUAGGAUGUUAUUGUGAGCAGUGAUUCCCUUUUCAUGUUCCCUCCUCUCUCUUUCCAAAUCCAGGAACUGUCCAGUGUUACUCUCACCUACCGAUGUGUUUGUGUUUCUGUCUGUGUGUGUGUCUGUGUGUGUGUGUGUGGGGUGAUGUGUCACAUGGCGUGUGUUUCAUUUUGGGUGUGUGUGCUGCUCCGUGUCUGUGUGUUGUUUGCCUGUGUGUAUGAGUAGUGAGAGAGAAGGCAGAGUGCAUUGAGUGAACAGUUUGUGACUCAGUCCCUCCUGUGUGUGUGUGUGUGUGUGUGUGUGCGUGCGUGCGUGCGUGCGUGCGUGCGUGCGUGCGUGCGAAUAAAAAGUGCCCUGAUGAUUUUGUGUGAGUCACAAAAUGCACCCUAUUCCCAAUAUAGUGCACUAUAAAGGAAUAAGGCUGCCAUUUGGAAUGCAAACCACCUCUAGGUAGAUACAUUUUUGGGGGCUUUUAGUGACAGAAACAGGCUCAAAACAAAAUGUUUGUUGCUGAUUAGUUUACUGCUCAUUUGAAAUAGUUGAAGUUUGUUAUUUAGCUAGACAUGUUUUUAUGGAGUUGAUUAACUACGUGUCACUUUGACUUUUUCACAAGCUUGUAAAUGGUGAUGGACCUAAUGUAGCUGUAGUUGUUUUACUUCUGAAGAUAACGACCUAGCUCAGCAUGCGAGCUGUAAUGUAUAUUAGCUUUGCUUAUUAAGACCAAAUCACUUCCAUGUAUGGUUUUCUCUUAAUUUGGUAACUUUGAUGGUUUCGAUGGGUAUCUUUUUAGUUUGUUGAGUCGAGUGUCUUCUGAUGAUUUCAUCUUGCUUUGAUUAUGAUUUUCUUUUUCUUUUUUGCAACAAAAAACAGAGGUUUGUGCUUUAACAAAAGAAAAGGCUUAUUCCUUACUUGCGUGCAGACACACACACCUCAAACACACCCCAAACACAAACACACACUUGUACGCUGAAUAACUACUUUGCCAGCUUUUCUUAGUGAAUGAGUCAUUGCUAGACUUGACCAGACCACAUAGGACUUGAUAUGAAGUGUGAUCUGAUGCACUAGUGAGAACAGAAAGAUAGACUCACCUUUGAGACUUAAAACAGGUUCUAAAUAUUUGGUCACUGAUUUUGUAUUCAGUGUUUGUCAACAUUUUAAUUUUAUAACACGAUACAAUCCUAGUCCUUUGUCUGGGGAAUGGAUGUCUGUUUGACUACACGGGUAUGUUCAGAAAAAUGCUACGUUACAGGACUUUCAGGUAGAAAUACAUUUUAUAGAACAUGUGACUCCUCUCUGUCCUGUAGGAAAAGGAGUCAUUACAGAUCUAUAUAUUACAUUUCUAUCUGCAAUGUUCGGAAUGUUUCACCCUACUCAACACAGCCAUGUUCCCGUAAUUCUGCAUGUUGAAUGAGUCGAUGGCUGCUGCUGCUUGGUCACUGGACAAUGUAACAUAAGAGGCAUGAUGAAUUUAUUCAUUUUAAUGCGGAACACAUGCUUAUUAAUACAUUUUUACUAAUAUUGGUUUUGUAAAUGAAAUGUAUUGAUGUGUUAUCACCCCUGGAUACUCAAUGAUUUCAUAUAUGCUAAAUAAAUAUAACACCUGCAUAGUCA